AUGACUAAAUAUGACAGCCAAGGAGUUCCAAUUUUGGGAUUUCAUAAUCCUGCGGGGACAAUUCUUUACCCCAACGGCCUUUACUCCUAUUCUAUCGGAAACACAAGAGCGAGAGAUAUCACAGAGAUGUUAGGAACCUCGAAGAAACAACAUUUAGACUUGCUGCUUUUAGCUUCCGGGGAUGUUAGAAACGUUUUUUAUACUGUGUCUGAAAUUUCGCUAAGAAAAGCUAAGGAAUGUCCUAAAAGUUUAAGUUUUCACUUAAAUGACUAUGAUCCGUCGGUGGUCGCUCGAAAUGCGAUCUUGCUCGAAGUUGCCAGUUCGAUAAAUACCGAUGUCUCAGAUGAUGUUGAUUUCUUGUGGAACACCUGGUACAACAUGACGCUUUCUGAAGCACAUUUUGCCAGGCUGCAACGGAUUCUUUCAGAACUGAUCGACAAAGGUUUUGAUAGCGACGAAUUGACUGUCUUAAAGUUUCAAGAUAGUGCUGUCCUUAAAGAGUGUCGUGAUAUUUGGAACGACUGGAAGAAGCUUGACCUUAACGUAAACAGUGUCAAAGAAGAAAGGAGCAAGUUUAUAGAGAACGAUAGGCAAAGAAAAGGCUUCACAAUGGAAAAUCAAUGCCUUGGUGUUGUAACGAAAAUGGAAAUAGGAAUUACAGCGCGUGAAGACGGAGACGAAGAUGUCUUAUCGCCAGAAAGGAUGUUUUCAAUUCAGUUUAACCCGGAAAUAAAGCAUUGGUUCAUGGAGGGGUCCACGAGCGAUGACUCGAAUAAAGUGAACCCAACCUUGAUUCGCCCAUUUGUUCACAAGUGGAAGCAGCAUUAUGGAGCGUGUGCCUUUGAUGGUUACCUGCCAUUUGACAAGUGAGUACCAAAUCCUCCAUUUCUCCCGUUUUCUCGUGCCUGGCCAGGGUCUUCUGGAAUAAAACGAGUGAAACACGCGAGUGCGCGAGACACGUGGGUAACGUGCGUCGCGUCAAGAGGGGCGAUUUUCUGUACAUUUGCGCGUUCCACUCGCUCAGGUAUCUCUACAUUCGUUUUCAAAGUUUGUAUUUAGGCCGGGAAAGAAAAAUGUAAGUUAUAUCACAAAACCAUUUGUUCCAAUUACAAAGCCUAGUUUGGGCGCGAUCCAUUCAACCAAAAUUCCAACCGGUCCGACGGGGAAAAGUGGUCCAUCUCAAAAGAUGGACCCGUUUUUCCGAAACUUUUCCGGUUGGACCGAACCGAUUUUUGGUUCAAUGGAUCGCGCCCAAACACCAAUCCAGUAUUCCCACGGACGGGUCGGACGUUGCUGGAAUAGAGACGAGAAGUGUGACGUCACGUUACCACGGUAGCACUAUUUCUGAAUGACAACAAAACCAACGACGACAGCGACGGCAGGGAGAACGGCAAAAAAAUAAAAUGUUUAUAUUUACAAACAACAAAUUUGCACGUGAAUCACGCUAUUUUGUACAUUUGUUUGCCGUCGUUGCACCACUACGACAUGAAAUUUCCUAAUUUCACGAGCCCCGCUUUAUGGAGUAGGUGAACACAGCACAAAAAUUGUCGUUUUCUUUUUCUAAACUUAGAUAACAAUAGAUACGAUCCCAAAGAAAAUUUCGCCAAGAUUUGGCAAAGUAAAUAAAAUUUAUUUGGUCGGUGAAGUUUGAAAUAGUGCGAAUAGACUUUAAAGUGAUUUUAUCGGUUUGUUGUCUUCCAAAAAUUUUGCUACCAUGGCAACGUGACGUAAGGACUUCUCCUCUCGUAGCCUUGCUAAAAAAGCCUUCUCUCUCGCUCCGCGCAAAACGUCCCCGUUUUCACACGCUACUGCUGGAAGGUUUCAGUUGGUAUUUGAUCGAGGUGUGCAUUUUAACAAACACGAGAAAUCGGAAUAGUGUAUGCUUUUUCCUGAUCCACCAUACAUUUAACUGUUACUGUCUGAGAAUUUCAGUAAAUGAUAUCCGAAAACGUUUGGGUACCCUGAACGGAGAAGUCGCCUGUACAUUAUCACUGAUCUGCAUCAGGAGUUCCUUGCUGCAGUACUGAAUGAUGUAAAAUGCAGUGAAUGUUUUUUUUUUGCUUGCGUUUCUAGUUUAAAGUUGAUCGUUCUUUUGCAGACAAGACCUGCUUCGAUGCAAAACGUUAACAGAUGCCUGUAAAGAAAGCUUAAAAUUUCAAGUAAAAUGCUACCAAAACUAUAAAAAGAGUCACUCAUUGAAGGUAAGAUUUGUCUAUCCGAAAUACUGGGCAAUAAAAUUACCAUCACGAGUGAUUUAGCUGUCUGAUCAGCCUUUCAUAAUAAUAAAAUCUUCAGGACACCAUAACAAGAAAUUUGUUGCUAGAAAAUAUACAAACAUGUAUCUUAAGUAAAGUUUUACUGUCAAACUCACUAAAACAAUUAGGCGCCGUCCACACGUAUACGGAUAUUUUGAAUCCACAACUUUUUCUUUCCGAAUUCAAAAAUUUCCACGUCCACACCGGAUUCCGGCAAAUCGAAUACUUAUGUGGCAAGUAUCCGGAUUCACUCUUCUAGUACCCAAAAUCCCCUAGUACCCAAAUUCCGAAAACGAAUUCAUGAGAAUAAAUUUAAAUCCGGAUUUUUAGGAUUUAUGAGCCGUGCGUUUUUAAAGCGGGCAUGGAUCCGAGAAAAUUUCGUCAAAAAUAUAAGAUUCGCAGAUUCGUUCCCGUUUUAGCAACGGCGAUGGCAGCAAAAAAAAACACAGUUAAGACGAAUUCGCGAUUUUUCAAGUAGCGAUUGCUCCGGCUUGCUUAAGAAAUCAAACUUAGUUUAAUUUUUCUGAAGAUGGAUAAUAAAAUAUUUACAAUAUUUACAAUAUUCUUCUGGCCGCACCAAAGUUAUAGAAAGGGCUGAGAGAAAAUUUCAUCUUUACGUCAUCAGUGUGUUUGCGUCCUUUAUUAACACAGGCUUUCUUUUUUAAAACUGGGGAAGUUGCGUAGGUAGGUAGAUAGGUAGGUAGAUUUUUUAUUUAAAACUCAGUAAAAUCUUCAGUAAUAAUAGAGUAAAAAUCUAAUCACAAUUAAUUAGACUAAAAACUAUCGACAUACUGUUUUACAAGACAGCCGAGUGAGAGUCCGACGACUCAAAUACAUGUUUGAUUUGCUCUUUAAAUUUCCUGACUGAUUUAGUUUCUCUCACAUUUUCGGGUAAAGAGUUCCACAACAAAGCACCGCUGUAACUGAAACUUCGUUUCAAGUAGUUAGUACGCGGCCUGGGCAACGUCAAUUUAUGAAAGGAAUUGCGCAAAUCAUAGUCUGUGCUUCGUUCGUGAAAUAGGUUCUGCAAGUACACUGGAGCUUGUUCAUUUAGAGAUUUAAACAUCAUUAUUGCUUUAUGCUUCUUUCUCCUUAUAACUAAUUUGUCCCAUUUGAGUAUAUCAAGAAGCAGGCUCGAGCUAGUCCCAUAGUUGGCCUUUAAAAUUACUCUAGCUGCACGGUUCUGUAACUUUUGUAAUUUGUCACUCAGUUGAUCACUUAAGCCAUCCCAAACAAGGCUACAGUAAUCAAAGUGAGGUUGAAUUAAGGAGUUAUAGACUAGUACCGCAGUAGAUUGGGAGAUAAGGGGCCUAAUACGUCUAAGGGCACCUAUAGCCGAAGUUACCUUCUUACACAAUUCGUUAACGUGAUUAGACCAGGAAAGCCGAUUGUCAAUAAUGAAACCUAAUGAUUUUGCGUGAUCAACAUUGCUGAUAACUUGGUCUUCUAGUUUGAUGUUUAUUUCGUUAUGGCUUUCCGCGAGAAGCUUCUGGCGAGAGCCAAUAACCAUAAACUCGGUUUUCGCAACAUUAAGACUAAGCUUAUUGGCUUUUAGCCAACAGUGAAGGUUCAGUAGUUCUAAGUUAGUCUCUUGUUCAAGGUCAGCUAGAGAGGAACCAGAAAUGGUAAUAGGCGUAGUAACUGCGAUUAUCUUCUUUGCGUUUUCUUCUUUAUUCUGCUGUUCCAAUAUAUAAAAUUCAUAUAUCCAUAUUUCAUUAGCAAGUGUGCUUUUCAAAAGCCAAUGAAAACAGACGUUUUCUGCGUGACUCGAGACCUGUUAGACUCGCUACAAGUCGACCUUUUGGCGAGCGGAGCGAGCCUUUUUAGGCGGCGAAACGGCUGACCGAGCGACGAAGUCGCGAGAGGUCGUCCAUCGUCCCGCGCCAUAUUAUUAAGAAAUGUUGGGUAUGCAAAGGCAAAUUCCUUCGUAUUCGUAAAGCUUUUGUGCAACUACGGCGAAGAAAAAUGUGAUACACGAGCAAAGUUGUUUCGCGUAUUAAAUCUUUUCUUUUUUGACUUCUCGUUGCUGUCGCCUUCGUCGUUGCUUAAACUCUGCAAAAGAAAUCGUGAGCCAGAUUUGUUACGUUUUUUGGUUCUGUUCCGUCUUUGUUUAAAGGUUAGCUUGUGGACUGGCGAUGCUCUUUCUCUGUGUGCAAAUGGUUUCCCUCCAGACCUUGCAUUUGAUGUCAUUGACACCAGUAAUGUUGGUGACCAUAUUGGCCUACUCAAUGUCCUCGUUUGUUGUGCACCAAGGCUGAAAGAGUAAGUUCAAUGCUCCAUUAUUUAGCUAACUGUUUCCAUUUUCUGCUUGUUGGCCUCCACCAUUCAUCUCUUUGAUCGAUGGGUCAACCUUGCCAUUCGAUGCUUCUGUUACAAGGUUUUGUCCAGGUAGGAGAGUUGACCCUAAGCAAAAAGGUUUCUGGGAAACUGCCCUAAGUGAGAAUUAAGUGUUAAUGUUGGCUUAGGGGAUGGGUGGGUGGACAGUUUCCCGGAAACGUAUAAUGAUCAAGCAAACCUAUUUAAAUUCUGGAAAGGAGGAAAUCCAAAUUAGUCUGUACUCUACCCUUUGGCCUGUCUAGCAUGGUUGAUUCUACCAGGAGCUAGUGCCCCUGCUAGCAUAGCCCUCCAGGUUGCUGUGUAGCACGCACACCACCACACAAGAUCACACAACGACAAGUAAUUGACAAUGCGGACCAUAACAUGCAGACCAUGGAAAAAUAGCGCGGAUAAAUAUAUCGUAAUCGGGUAAUUUAUGAUCACACAACUGGUUUUAGUAGUGAAAAAUGUUUUGCUAUGUUCAAUUUCCAGACCAAACACAUCACUUUUGUACACCUCAAGCAUUUUAUGGGAAAAAAGCUGUCAAAGUAUUGAGGACUUUUACAACAAAUCAAUUGGUGUUCCAGUGCAACUUCUUCCUACUAUUCUUGGUUUGAAGCUGGCUGUUAAUCUAGAUCUUGGUAGCAGGUACUAACGUUUGUUUUAGAUCGUUUUCGGCAGUGCCAUAAGAUGUUUUCAUAGUCAAUGCCAACUGGAGUAUUGUACAAUUUUUAUGGGUUUAUAUUUUCCUCCUAUUGCACCCCAGGGAAUAUUUAAGGUGCAGGGCUCCAUCAUUAUAAGGGCGCAGCGAACUAUGACUACGAACUUUUUGUCAUAAAUGUUUUCGGUUUUAACGCGAUGGCUACAAAAGUUUGAGAAGAACUUCAGCCAUCACCAGCUAUCAUAUCAUCAUGCAGCCAUCGUGAAAGUCCAGCUGUUUUGUUUUUGAAGAUAAACUGAUAGACCUCUUCGCUUAUGUCAAAUAUGUAGUUAUGUUUGGGUUCUUUCGAUUGGGAAAUCCUAUAGUUUUGGAAAUCAGGGAUUUUUGCGCAGGCAAGAAAUUCGUCACAUGCAUGAUGCAUUUUAUGAAUUUCUUUCAAAAACUAAGGUGAAAAAGGUCCAUUUAUAGAUUUUAUUGGCAGAGGCUAUGCGCGGAGUUCCUUUUUAAGAAUCUCAUCCAAACAACUAUUUCUCAAUGGGAAGAACCCUUAAAUCUGAUUAGCUUUUGCUCUUUCUGUAGUAAACUGCCGGGCAGCUUGGAGUCCAACGAGGAGAUUCUCUUGUGGGUAAAAGCGGAGCCUAAGAGGACCUUGCUGACAAUAGGUUAAGUUACAUCACCGAAGAGAAAUGCUGUUUGUUGGCCUAGUGUUUAAACAAAUUCCUAGAUCAGGAAAACACCAAAGCCUACUUAUACACCUCUAUUGCGACUGAGCUCAAGUUCUUUACAAGUUUUUUUUUCUCUUUUUUCACGGGAUAGAAGGCUGUAAAAUCCCGGAUAUCUUUUCCGAAAAGCCUCGAUUUUGCUAUAGAACUUCAAAGAAAAAAUAAGAAAGUUAUCAGCUGUUCUUGCAACCAACAACCGGUUGACCAGCCACCAUUAGUUGACCAGCAGCAACAGUGGCCGGCCGUCUUGACGAUCCGCUCAUCGAAGUUAAGGAAGGUGUUCAAAGGAGAGUAGCGCUAGCAUUAACUCGAAAGGUAUCGUCGAUGCAUUGAUAAAAAACUUUCAAGUUUAAAAGGCUUUAAAAACGCUUUCCGUGGAACGCAAAUUGUCACCAUUCUUUGUACGAAGUUUUAGUGCAACAAUCACUUAAAGAAUCGUUGUAUAUAUCGUGAAUAUGAAAUUGUUUGCCAAAUAGAAUACACAGUAAUUUUUCUUUACGCUUACAAUCACAGAUGAAAAUGGUGAUGUUGCUCAGGCCUUCCUUCGCCUUGCUGAACGGUGCUUCAACUUAUUUAAUGAACCUGAUAGUAAAGAUGGAAUAACGUUGUCUUCGCCGCUGACUUUCCUCAGAAUUGUCCGUCAAAUACAACCUCUGGUCAGGGGCGGAGGUAAGGCAGACAGUGGUGUCACGCUGCUCUAGCUUUCCAUGCAGACGUUCUCAAGGAACGAGCGUCAAAUCCCUAAGAACGUAAGCCUGUGAAAGCAGACGCCUUUCUCGGCUCUUGUUUCACCCGCCGAGAAAGUGAAGUCUCCUUAAUCUUCCUCCAUGCAUUUUGUUCCCCGCGUAUAGCGAGAUCUUCGCGCAAACCCCACGCGUGUCACCCCCACAAAAUAGAUAAGAGCCGAAUUAAGUUUCUAAGAGAAGAACGCACCGACAACAGUACUGACAAUUCACUGUUACCCGUCAAUAUAUAUUCCAGUGACUUUUACCUCAUUUCAUGUUGGAAAUUCCAUAAAAGUAAUUUCUUUUUAGUUGUGCUCUAUCUCGGCUGAUAUCAAAUCACAAAAUGGACGCCCAAUGAACAAGAAAUAAAUGUUAAUUGUUUCUUUUGCAAACGCGGUGUGUAUUUUUUCCUUAGCCACAGCCCUCCUCAAUCUUCUUGAAAGUAAGCUACCCUCUGACUUCAACAAAAAGUUUGGCCUCUCGUGGAAUUUGGUAAAAGCCUCAGUAGGAAGUGAACGAGGUAGGAGAAAAUUUCACAUUGUUUUCUCAAGGAUACACCACCACGUUUUUUUUUCAGUGACAUUACCAUUGAAAAUACCAGAGCGUAAUUUAUCGGUAUAUUCUCUCUUCCCCUCAGAGCCUAUUGUUGAAAUAAAAGUAUCGACCCCAAUAUCCGUCGUCGUUCCUCGGUUUAAAGGAACGCUUAAUCUGAUGGCUUGCAUUGCUAACCACAAACCGUUCGAAGAGGGAGAGUUUCCUACAAAUGCCUUGGUAAAUAUAUUUCUAUUUAUUUAACAAUAUACCCUCAUGGGGACCUCUUUUUGAUCGGGAAGUCAUUAGCUCGAGUUUCAGUGUAAUGAUUUCACGGCAGCUGUAGCAAAAAUUGAUGCUCGAAUAGUCAACGGAAGAGAGAACGCAAAAUAACUGGUAUCUGUGGUUUUUUUGUACAGUAUUUUUCGCCAUCACCCGCAUAGUACUUUUGUAAUAAAGUUGUUGUGGUUACAUUUAAACCUUCUCUUCGUUAUCAUAGGAUUUUUUAUUUGGUGCACAUUUACCUUUGGAAGAUACCGACUAUUCACUAAUUUACAACAGCGUACGAUAUGACGACACCGCUCAAAUGGUGACGUUCCAUCUGCGAGAAAAGGACUGGAACGACCUUAAGUCGACUUCCUGCAUGUGGAUUGCCUCCAAUGACCAUGUUCGGAUUCCAUUCAUAAAACAAAAGAAGGUUUUUCUCGGGAGUGAAAGUGUUAAGGCCGUUGAACAGGUUGACCCUGAAGAGAAAUUUGGUUUGUUCGCUGUGCAGACGUUUGAGGUUAAAUCGUCCAGCGAUUGUGAAAUUCUAAAGGUACGUUCUGGCUAUCAAUACUGGUGUUAAAAUUGCUGUCUACCGAUAACUGCACUAUGUAAACGCACAAGAAUUAAAUGUACUCUAGUAAACAACUAAACAGAACCUGCCACCAUUUAAAUUAAGCCCAAAAUAUGUCUAAUUACUUGACCCAGGAGAGAAAACUGAUUCUGAGACAAAUUACAGCUAGUUAAAAUUCUAUUAGGUUACACAAUAUGGACUCAAGAAGCAGGCUAAGAAAAACGCUGAUAUAUAAGUGCUAUCAUUACAGUUAUGGAAUAUUUUGUCAUUAGAACAGUUGUUUGCCAUUAUAUAGUUCUAAUACUGAGGUACCGAAAACUGACCUACAUUAGCUGAAAAUAGUUGCAAGUUAGUGAGACUACCCAAGCUGUUGACGAACAUGUACCACUGGCCUUCGUUUUUUAAUUUUUUUUAAAGAAGGAUUUCAAACAAAAUUAAUCUGUCUGUUCUAUAUAGGUUUUGAAGGUCCAGGAAAACACUUCUUCAUACAGCGCAGAGCUUAAAAUUUUGGAUGCGAUCAAAUGUAAAGGAAAGGAGAUGAAGACUAGAUUUCUUCCAGACAUUUGUCCGAAUAAAGUUGCAAUAUACUUCCAAGGAGCCGAAAGGUGGGAUACGUACCUCCUUCCGAUAAUAGAAGGUUCUUGUGAACUUGAAAAUACCCUGCGUAGGUGGCGGCAUUGUUGUAACCGGGAUACUCUUUUUCUUGACUUUCUCCCAACCCUCUCGAGGCUACGCCGCCAAAAAAUAACCUACAACAUCCCGCCAGCAACGCAACUUAGCGUGAAAAGUGAUGAAAAUAGGGUAGGUGGCUAAAAUUAGAAUCCUCAGAAUCAGGCAGGUAAUUCUUCGUUUAAUUCCGGCGGGCAGUCACGGAUUGUUGUAGAGAAAAAUACCACUUGUUAGUAGUCAUUACGAGAAAAGGGCAAUUCAUGGUUCAUAAUGCAUUUAGUUUAGUUUUAAAAAUUUUCACAUGUCAAUGUAUUAUAGUGAAUUAAUUAACGUGAUGUGCGUAACUAUUUUAUAAAUAAAAUUCUUGGCUCAGAGUUGUAAUGGUCAAUAGCAAGACGUCAUUACUAUUUAUGCCUGUGUGGCUCUCUCUUAAGUUCCUUUAGUUAAUUAUUUAAAAAGAUCUAAACGGGUGAGCUGAGCAAUUAUUUGAAAAUGUCAAACUAUGUUAAUGGCUCUUUCAUAGGGAAGAAUGCAUCAUCCACUUUUCUUGUGUUGUCGAAAAGAAUUCAUCAAACUUCCGGAUUUCGCGUAAGCAAGGAAAAAUAGAAUGCCACAUUCCAAAAAGAGAGGAAGGAACCGUGGGUGAACUGGUGAUACAAUGUCCAGCGCCAAUUCCAUUUCACGUCAUGCCAUUAUGGGAUAUAGAACGGAGAGACUUACUUGUACAGUAAGUACAUCUGUUGCCUUACUUAAGGUUAUCCGAAAGAGUUAAUGAUUUUGGACUCCAUGUCCGUGGAUUCCGGAUUUUACUAGCGUCUGCAUCCCAGAUUUUAUUUUCUAGCUUAAAGCAUUUUCGUCGCAUUGUUUAUACAACUUUUCGUUUAAGGGUCUUCUUCAGCAACAGUGACGUUUUAGAGUGCCUGAAAAAUUGCAGUUUGAAUAACGUAAGCCAAAGGUCUCCAUUGAUGCUUUUUUUAAAAACCGUUUCCACCGAAACCUCUGUCUCUUUAUUAACUGUUUCUCAGUUAGUCACUGCUUUAUUUACUUAAUUUAGUGAAAAUGCUUAAAGGUUUGGCCAAUUCACCGGCAAUCAACAAUAUAAAAAUGUUUUAGUGUCUACUUAUGAAAACUGCUUAUUCCAGGGUAUUUUAAUAAAGCAGAAUUUUACGAAAAGCCAAGAUGGUGGCCAAAGUGGAUGACGUAAAAGGUGCCCAACCUCGUCAAAUCUCGUAAUAUUGACAACACAGCAGAGGCCCAAAGGGCAGUGAAAAAGGGGCUGAAAAAAUCCCUCGUUAUAUACUAUCGCCGCGGUAUACUCGGGGUUAAAAUGAUUGAUUUUGGGUAACACGGGACACCCAUUUAUACCUCAAGUAAUCACUUUUCGAUUGUCUAUGCGUCCUCAGUUUCCAACAAAAUGUUAUGUGAAUGUUAACUCACCACACCAAGUCAUCAGACACUAUACAUGAAAGAUACCUCCUUUUCUUCUCUUUUUGAUUUAUUUGACUUUUGAUCUUCAUUGCAGAUUAUGCGGCAUAAUGUUUCGGACCAAGCAAGAUUUGGAGCUGAAGUCUCGAAAUUCGGGUGGUCCACCAUUUUUUGACCUGAGAGAGAGCAUUGCAAGAAUUCUAUAUGGGCACAUACAAGACCCAAAGGUUCGACAAGAAGAAUUGCAUGCCGUGUAUUUUUGUUGAAGUUAAUUGGUUUAUUAUAAAUUACAUGGUUGGUUCAGUGAGCGGUUAGGGACGAAUCCUGUGAUUCUACUGGCUACCCGAGCGGUCACAGCUGGUCACGAUUAGCCGCCACCCGACAAUAAAAGAAUUCUAAGCCAUUUCAGUAAGAAAACCUUUCUGGUACGUCCAAGAUAGCUGGAUAAUGGCCUCAUUUUUUUUCUUCACCAUCGCUUAGUAUACGAGAUAAAUACUUUUUUUACUUAAACUCGGCCAUCAAAGCAUUGAUGCUGCUGUUAUUCGCCACUAUUUUUAAAACAGCUACUUUGUAUAGACUUUUUCUGUGCACUUUCUUGACUUUAUAACAAUAAUUUUUUACUAAGGUCGACGUGAAGGAUGGUAUCUUGUGAAAUCCAGAAAAGACACGCUUAGGUUUAUCGUUCUUCACAUGAGACCAAGCUUUGACUUUAAAAAGGGGACACGUACCUCAAUAACCGAUCAAAGCGCAUGAAAUUUACUGCCUUUUAUACCAAAAAAUAGCUUUUUUUGUUUUUAUUAGCAUCCUACAAUAUAUUGCCUUGAUGAACGUGAGAUCAUUGAAGAGCCAUAUCAGACACCAAACGACUUUGCAAGGAAAAGAGGAUUUAUCAUCAAAGUGCUGGGAUUGUACAAAUGGAACAACGUGCCUGUUGCUAAAGUACUCUUCUAUGACUGCGAAAAGUAUGCCUCCCAGAUUCUUGAUGAAAAGACAUUUCCGCCAGUAUGGGGCUUCUGGCCUCUAACUGAUCCACCUAAAGUGGAACGCAUUCCUGCUGAUAAGCAGGUAGGUGGGUUGUAAUAUAUCAUUGAGAGCACGAUUGGGAAUGGCAUGGAUGAUACGUCUUAAGGUCGUGGGAGAUCUCCUAACCCUUGCAAUAAGUAAGCAGGGUUAGGAGAUAUGAUGUAGCAAGUUCGUCCUUUCGUAUGAAUGGCGUUCCCGGGACGCACGUGCCAUAGAGGACUUCAUAUUAGUCUGUACACGGAAGUUGUUUUAUUUUUCUUUUCGUUAUUUUCGAAAACAUCGGCGAGCGCGGAGCGCGAGAGAGAAACCACUACGGACUUUGAAGGGAAUUUGAGGGUCUCUGAACAGGCUGACUGAUGUAGCAAGUUCGUGCUUUCGUAUUAAAUUGCGUUCCCGUGACGCACGUGUCAUAGAAGACUCCAUAUUAUAAAAUUGUCAACCUCGUCACCAGAUUUUUUCCCUCACAUUUCUAACGGAAAAGCCCUGGGACGAAUUUGGAAGAUAGUAACAAGUUACUUAUUUCCAACAAAUCGUGUCUAACUGUAGUCUUCCUCGCAGCCGUUCAACGCUCCCCAAUAAAAGAAAAGGCCCGGAACUGCUCGAUCCGGCGUAUGCGUAGACGUUUUUCCUUGGGCCAAGGGAAGGGUUUCGUUCUUCCAAAGGUACCUUGCGCCUUUCGAAAAUUCGUUUCCGAGCUUGCUCCUCUUUCCGCCUGAGUAUAAGGCAGAACUGACUGUGGUUACUGACUCCCACGCGUUUAACCGCGCAUAUUUUCGCUUUGGUUUUUAAUUGGCCAUGGAUCCCAUCGUAAGCUCAGUCUGUUAUUAUGGGCCAGAAUACUCUGAUCGAUUUUGCUCUCACGAAUGGCAGAUAAACACGGCUUUGAUACAUUUUAACAUUGAUUCAACAGGAGAAGAGCUUGCUUCGUAAACUUCUGUACACAAAUGCUGCAAGAGUUACUCAAGAUAAUGAUUUUUAUGCGUGGAAGGAUUCAUUUCUUUGCCUUUUAUUUCCCAGAGAACGUUCCCCAUUGUCGGGUAAGUUUAUUCACUAUCACUACUAACCUCGUUCCCAGGGUUCUUUCUCUUGCUUAUCGGGAUCGAGAUUAUAUCACUACAGAACCAUAUGCUUCUGAUCACUAUCUUCUCAUUUCCAUUGUUCCUGUGACGAUAUCGACGUUCUCUAUGUAACGUCUUUCAUACAACAGUGCGAUUUCAGCCCCCAAAAAGGGAAUAAACCAAAUGACGUUAACUAAGAGUUUUUAAGACAUUUUACCAUUAUAAGAGGCAAUUUUUUUUAUUAUUUAGGACAAUUUUUUGUUUAUCAUGUAUGAUUAAAAAUUGUUAUUCAAAGGAAAAAUAAUCAGUGUCUGACACGGCCGACGUUGUUUGUGCCAUCUCAAAUCUGUGAAGCAAAACUCGACUAUUUUCCCCUACUGAGAAGUGAUAAAACUGACGCCAAAAGCAUGUUAACCUCCGAGAUUUCUAAUCGGCAACUCUUUUUGCACUUCCUUUGGAAAUGUCCUUUCUUUAAAUCUGUUUGGAAUGUUAUUGGUAACUGGAUGAAAAAGAUCUCUUGCUUCCUUAACCAGGAUUUCUUAUUUCUUUCUUGCCCAGGCUUCCUGAAAGAUGCUACAAACCUGCUAUUUCAUCAUUUACUUUUAGUAAUGUUUCACUAUUACAGCGUUAUUUACUUCGUGCUGUUCAACUUAUAAUAUUUAAACUUGUGUUAUUCAAAGAAAAAUAUUUUUGUGUUCGGUCAUAUCUAAUGGAACUUUUUCUAAUUCUGAUUCUAUUUCUAAUGUCACAGAAAAGGAGGACAAGGAAAGGGAUAAUUUUCUUUUGUCUCUAAAUGCAAGAUCAACUACACCAGAGUCUCUUCAAGAUAAUCCUUUUGAGCUCCCAACAAACUUGUCGCGCAGUGGACAAAUGGGCCCCCGGUUUACCGGGCAUGAUCGUGCCUCCGACUGUAACCCUCCUCAGGGGACAGCUUCUGUCAAAGUGCUAAAAUGUGCCUUUUGUCAAACACAUAAAAGCGAUUUAAAGAGAUGUUUGGGCUGUGAGAAAGUAUCGUAUUGCGGCAAGAAGUGUCAGACCCAGCACUGGAAAGUUCACAAGCCGGAAUGUCGACAAGCACGCAAUAAGGAUACCAGAUCCGACAAUCGCCCUUAAAGGAAGAAAACAGCAGCCUAGUAUAGUCCCAAAGUCCGUAGGCGUUCUCGGCGCGGUCAAUCCUUGACUCUACCAAGACUUCGCGCGGACAACGGGUAAAGAGAGAACGCCUAGGGACUAGGCUGAGGAAACAUUAUUUUAUUAAUUGAUACAGACGUACGUAAUUAUCAAGAAAAAAAUCAAUUGACGAUUACCUAUUAGGCGACCCAACCUCUCUGGCGAGAAUCACACACACUCGAACAAUCAAACUCGCAAAACGUUCUCAUUUUGUGAUGAAAAUGAUCACUGUCAAUUCCUCCUAAUUACGUGCUUUUUAAACAAUUUUCGUGAAUAGAUAAAAAUAAGUUUGAAAAAUGUAGCAUACAACCUCUAGCAUACCCUGCGAGCAGAGAUUUCUCUUUUGCAUUCUGCUUUUACCGUCUACGAA